AUGUCCGCGUAGGGACGUCGUCAUGCUCCGGGGUCGCGGACAUUUCAGCCUCCCCCUCCGCGGUGCUGUCUACGUCAUUUUCCCCGUUUCACCAGGAGAUGAAAUUGCCCAGGGCACAGAUUAUUCUAACGCCACUGGCCUUCUUGGUGGUGCUGAUCGUCGCCGAGACCCUGACGACUCCCCAGUCCAAUGAAAUUCAGCAAAACCGAGAGCCUGAGCUCACAAUGACACAGAAUCUAGUGAUUGAAAACACCACCAAGAACAUAGGCGAAGAAGAACAAGAUGCAGUUACAACAGUCUCCCUAGUGGUUUCCACCCCCAGCACAAAGCCACCAGACAUUGCUACAACCUCCCCUUGCCCCAGAAGGGGAGCCGCUGGUUGUGGUUGUCUGGGGCACCUGGUGUUGCAGGGUGAAAACUGUACCUGCCCGACUGGGUUCAAGCAGCAGGGGGCAGCAGAGUGCCAUGAUGUGGAUGAGUGUGCACAGGGGGACUACCCAGGCCCCUGCGGGCCCCAUGCCAACUGCUCCAACACAGCCGGCUCCUUCCUGUGCACCUGUCACCAUGGUUACCUGUGGAGGCCGGAGGGGUGUGAGGACAUUGACGAGUGUGAGCUAUCUGCGGUAUCGGGGCUUCAGGCAUGUGGGGGUGGGGCCAAGUGCAGGAACUUGCCAGGGUCCUUUUCCUGCUCCUGCCCUGCCGGCUAUGUGCUGGCACUGGAUGCAAAAAACUGUGUGGAUGUAGAUGAGUGCAGCUUUGAAGAACACUGUCGACGUGAGUUGGGCAACAUGUGUAUCAACACUGCUGGCAGCUACGUGUGUCAGUGCAGGGCGGGCUUCAGAUUGGAGAUGCCAGCCUGCGUGGGUCCUCCGUGUCCAGGCUACAACAUGUGCCAAGAUGUGGAUGAGUGCAGCGAAACCCCAGACGUGUGCGCUGGGUGGGGGGUCUGUGAAAACACCCUGGGGAGCUUCCGUUGUGUGUGCCAGCAGGGUUACCGGGGCAACGGCACCCACUGCGAGGAUGAGAAUGAGUGUGCAUCUGGCCAGCACCGCUGUGACACCAACGCCCACUGCGGCAACAUCAUCGGUUCCUACUUCUGCCAGUGCUCUCAGGGCUUCAAUGGUGAUGGCCACUCCUGUUUCGAUGUGGACGAGUGUGCCAUGAAGAACGGGUACUGCCAGCAUAGCUGUAGGAAUGAGCCUGGGUCGUAUCACUGCCACUGUCAGCUGGGUUACCUUCUGGAGGAGAAUGGACACAACUGCACCGAUGUGGACGAGUGUGCAUCACCUAAAGGCCCGUGUGAGCAGGUCUGCACCAACACCGAAGGCUCCUUUCAGUGCUUCUGCCACUCAGGCUUCCAGCUGCACAUGGAUGGCCUCAAAUGUGUAGAUAUCGAUGAGUGCAAGCUUCAAAAUGGCGGCUGCUCUCACAGCUGCACCAACACCAUCGGUGGACACAUCUGCCUCUGUCCUGAGCCUCUUCUGCUGGACAAGGACAACAUUACUUGCAUCAAUGUGACUUCCUGCCAGCUACGGAAUGGAGGCUGUGGUCACAGGUGUACAGUAUGGACAGAGGGGCAGGUCCAUUGCAGCUGCAAUGCAGGCUGGAUGCUCGGGGCGGACCAGCGGAGCUGUGUGGAUGUAGACGAGUGCAGUGACUUCACCAAUGGCGGCUGCGAGCAGCUCUGCAUCAACCACCCUGGCACCUUCAACUGCAGCUGCAGGGAGGGCUUCCAGGCCCGUGCCGACGACCCCACAAAGUGCCAGCCUUUUUGCGACCCCCCGUGUCAGAAUUACGGGGUGUGUGUGGCCCCCAACACGUGUGACUGCCCCGCUGGAUACCCAGGAGCGGGCUGCUCAGCCAUGUGCUCCCCGCCAUGUGCUCACGGAGGGACCUGUAUGCGCUGGAACAUGUGUAUGUGCCCCGCUGGAUGGACUGGGUCGGGCUGCCACACAGCUGUGUGUGAGCUGCCGUGCGUCAACAGGGGGCGCUGUGUAGGCCCGAACACCUGCCAGUGCCCUUCUGACUACAGUGGUCCACAGUGCUUCAGUCCCGUCUGCACACCGCCCUGCCUGAACGGCGGCAGAUGUGUGGAUGUCAACAAGUGCACCUGCAGUGAAGGGUGGACAGGAGCGCGAUGCCAGAUAGAGCCAGUUCAGUGUCGGAAGGGGUGUAAGAAUGGUGGAACUUGUGUGGGCCUUAACAGGUGUCGCUGUGCUGGUGGAUUCACAGGGGACCUCUGCGAGACAGAGGUAACCACACCCUGUGUGCCGCCCUGCCAGCACGGCGCCAUCUGCAGUCCUCAAAAUAAGUGCACCUGUCCAGUAGGCACCGCUGGACUUCGCUGUGAGAAAUUGAUGUGUCCAGUGGUGACCACAGUGGUCAGCAUGGCACGGGCUGUACGCAAGGGGGUCAGAGAAAGUUAUGUGGAUCGCUGUGGUCCUCUGGGCGUCCAGCUCUGCACCAAGUACAGGAUCAAUCAGGCAAGGGUAUACCUGCAGGCGUACAGGGUCGGAUAUAAGAUCCAGUGUCCAGAGAAGAGCAGAUGAAAACCAUGCCCAGUCUAAGUUGGAAUCUACUUUAUCGUUCAACUUUGAGACCUAGCAGUUCCACAGAGCUGUCACUUCAUUCAGAGCUCCCCCUAGUGGAUAAAUUUAAUUCCUUCCUAUUCUUCAGAAUAUGAUGAAAGUAUUACUGCUUACAGUAACUAAGCCCUGCCCUAAAAAACUUGAAACAUUAAAUUUGGAAGUAUAACUGGUCACUUAUUCAGUCAAAACUGAACACUGUGAACGAGAACUUUACGUGUCUAAACAAGCAUGCUGCCAACACCUCUUAAUGAUUAAUUUGGGAAGGAGAAUGUUAGGCAGUUCCCCUGUCAUGUGGCUCAUAGCUAUAACCCCCGAGAGCUGGUGAUCCAAACACUGUUCAGUGAAAAAAACAACUGUGAUUAAAAAUGUACAUUUUUAUAUUAAAAAAAUAGGAGUG